AUGGCAUUAGUUAUCCAAGGUAAGGGUCAUUUUUGAUGGGAGGCCACUUGUUUUUUGGAAUCCCUUUUCUUCGGGUCAUUCUAUUGUCCAAUGCUUCCAAUUUCUCUAGUGUACUGAGGACACGCUUAAAAAGUUUCUAAUUUUUGAUGAUUUUUUAUAUACAGUACCUUUAUAUUUAUCUUUCCAGUCCUACAGUACUUACAUUUAUAUUUUUAUUUUUAAGCUUUUCGUCAUUUGAAUCUUUGCAUACUUAACCCUGUUUAUAAUAAUUUAUUCAGCGAUGACUUCGGCCGAGUGCAGCAUGGGGCUGCGCUCCUUUCUCCAGGACGAACCCCUCAGUGCGAAUCACUUAAAAAGCGACCGCAGUCGAAUCUGCGAAGAGUUGGAGAUAAAAAAUCUGAUGGAUUCAGCCCACGAAUACGAGGCCAAGCCCAAAACAAGUGUCGAUUAUGGUGAGGGCAAAUGUAUGAUUAUGUAUCUAAGUCAUUUCCUAUUCUGACUCCCCCCUUUGUCCGUGUUAACUGGGCCUUGACCGGCUCGUCCUCCCCCUGCCUGGUGUUUUGGUUCACGGGAAUCCGACUUCAGAAAAUCCCGUCCCAAGGCCGAAAGCCGUGACCCUCGGAGACGCAUCCCUUUCCUCACCCAUCCCUUCAAGCCCGUUCUAGGCCAAUAUGUGCAAAUUUUGUUAUUUCCAGGCACUCACGAGGGAAGUUCCUCGACAUCCAGCUCUUCGGUUUGCUCCACAAACGGUGUUCGGCCGGCCAGAAGAGACUCGAAUGGCAGCAAGGUGAUCCCAGUUAUCCAGUCCAAGAUCAUCCAGAAGCAACCUUCUAGGACCCCCUCUACAGCAUCCACCUCCAUCUCUUCAAACGGAACUGUUCGACAACACAAACACGACAAAGGUAUGCUCUUUUGAUGACGGAUUUGAUGGUAACUAGUCUGGGACCUCGACAGUUUAUGCUAGCUAUGCUUUAAAGGCCCAUAGACAGCCCCAGGGCAUUGCCUAACGAACCUCAUUAGAUUGGGCACUGCACCGUGCAAUUGACUCUCGCCCUCUUUUCAAGUCCAAUUGCUUUCAAUUACGGCCGACCGCGCGUUAGGCGACAUGUAGUUGUGAAGGGGAAAGGGAGGGAACGAUUAGAGUGUUUCGGCCUCGAACCCGAAGAAGGAGCCGGCUCUAAUCGCUAACACCCUUCCUUUCAUGGGAUGCAUGGUCGAUUGGACCGGGCCCAACAGGUCCGGUUGUUGGGUGGGGAUCUCAGUGAACUCCGGACAGUGUUCAGGAGAUCGAUGCUCCUCCAACUGAGUCGGCGGGGAUAUCAGCCCGGUUAUGGGAGUCUGGCUGGUCAGUACAGUCUCACCUUAAUCUAAUCCCUUUUCAGCCCGUCCUGAACACACUGAGCCCACCGUUCUGGUGACCAGCCAUCAUCGUUCCUCCCAGCAUAUUCAGAACCCAGUCAGCAGUCAGACGAAUGAGGGGCUGAUCGAGAGUUCCCUUUCUCGGCCACGUCGUGAUUCCCAGGACUCUCAAUUGGCGGAUGCCGAAGUCUGCGAGGCCUUGAGGAAUCGCAGGUGUAGGACAACCUCGGAAGAAAUGGCCGAUGAGGACGUCCUCUUGGACGAGGAUUGUGGUGCAAAUGAGGAUUUUGGGAAUAAUGAGGCCGGGCGUGGCAUCCAUUCGAGACGCCGAGUUUCGCCGGAAACUCCCAGUCCUGAGACUGUUCGCGGAUUCAAGAUGUGUGCCCCAAAUAAGACACAGGUCCUUAAUUACAUCGCCACCACCAAAUCUCUGUGUAUAAGAAGGGCUGGAACCGAACUUCAAGUCAGUUUCUUUUAUUAAAUAGUCAUCAUGUAACGCAACGUGACGUAAUUACUUUACUGUAAUUCUCUUUCAGGUCACUGAUACGACCGGAUUCCCGUUGCUUGAUGUCUGGCAGAAAACAAGCUGUUUUUCGAGUACUUGGGUAUUGGAAUCUUAUGGCCGAACUGUGUUAUUAUUGACGGAUUCCGGCCGAUCGUGGAAGCCUUGGAACUUCAAUCAACCCAAAUCGAACUUCCUGGAAGUGACGGAUGAAGAAGAUGAGAUUGUUGGCUAUUUCCAAGUUGGUGGGUGGGACGAAUAAAGAGUGAUCUGUUUACAGGAGAGCCGUUCGUCGUCCAAAACAAGGACCGUACCCCCAUUGCUCGGUUCAUGGGCUACGAAAGCGGAGAUGGGAGGCAAGUGAACAAGGCGAAAUUAAUCAAAUUUCAGGACAAUUCUCUUCCAAUGCGUGUUGGAAUGCAGUGGGGAAGAGGUGGGGAGACUGGAGCCGAGGAAGAGCCAGCUUUCACAGCUCCGCUUCAGUCCAUUGGCCAUCAGUUUCCAGCUCAAGUUGCUGGUUUUGGCGGCCGCCAUCCGGAUUGCGGCCCUUCCUCAGCCAGCCGGUUGUCCGGUGGGCAAUCAACGGGUCAAGAAACGCAACAAGAAAGGCGUCUGCUGCUCCAUUGUGUAG